AUGGACACCGUCUGCAAGCGGGCCAAGUUCCUGGCCGACGAGGUCCCAGACAAAGAACUGUUUGUGUUCUACGACGGAGACCGACGGGACGCCUACACGGCGCGGGAGCUCUACACGCUCGCUGGACGUUUCGCCAACAGACUGCGUCAGCAGGGUUUCGAGCGUCAGGACGUCAUAGCCAACACGCUGGCCAACUCACCGGAACGGGUCAUCACAGACCUGGGGAUCAUGCUGGCCGGGUGCGUCACCAUGAAUGGGCAGGUCAGUGGCCACAAUGGUGACAUGGUGACAGCUGACAACUGACAAGACAAAUCAUGUUUGCGGGAAGUUACAUUUUAACGGCAAUAUAUAUUUUUUAAAUUGUUGAAAUUUAAAAUAUAUUUUUUUUUAACCAGGGAAGUAAAUGUAUUACAUCUUAUACAAUUAUAUAUAUAUAGUUUUAAUUUUAAUUCGUAAACAUUAAAAACUGGUGAAUCAAUUGUCUGAGUGAUAAUGUGAAUAAGUGACCAUCCAUAAAUGACGUCACGCUAUUUUGGUAUUGUUAUACCAUUUUCAAUACAGUGACGUCACGUCCUUUUUUGAUGACAAUUAACUUUUAAACCAUAAAUAAAUAUAAGCAGCAAAUACCAUGGCAGUAAGUUAAACACUUUCUCAUAUGAAGUUGAGGGUUCGAGUCCCGCAUUUGGAACUUUCCUUUUCGGGCUUCUUUCACAUCGAGAACGGUUAUCUAAAAUCAAUAUUCAAUCAAAAGUGAUUGGUGUGAACUCAGGCCUCGACAUGAUUUUAAAGUUAAUCAUCUUGUUUUACGCGCCUUACUGCAAACUUUGCGAACUUGCCAAUAGAUUAAUAACAGAACGCCUUUAAGGAUGUCAUUGUCCCCACCACCCACUCCACACUCCCCGCAAACAAAUAUCUACAUUUUCCUUCUUUGUUCCACUCAAGCUUCUGAUGGCAGACGGCUCAGACUUCUUUCAGUCUGCUAAAAAUACUAGGUGCCGUGGAAUCGUCGUGGCUGUUGGUGAGAGCUCCGCAGGGUGGCAGCUUCUGGGCAAAAAUAUCACAGUCAAAAAAUCACAGUACGUUGGGGAUAUCUUUAUCAAACAAGCACCGGAAGUGAAGACUGCCAUCUUGGUACACAGGGAGAAAAAUAGGUUUGUCGUAAUUCCAUUGGUUCUUUAUUUGUAUUAGGGUUAACUAUGCCCGUGUCAAGAUUGAGGCAUUCAACCAACGCUCUCAAAGUGAAAUGUGAAUCUGUUGUUCUGUUCUACCAAUUUUGUUUAGGUUGUAGUCUAGCUGGUUUUUUGUUGUUUUUCUUUCAUCGAUAUUUUGUUACAAGUUAUAAUAAUAUUGUAUUCAGCGAUUAUUUCGUUAUAUUCUUAUAUUCGUUGUUUGCGAGGAGGGUAAAGAUAGCUUUAAGAAGGUACAACUAUAAUAUGUAAUUCUACAUAUAUUAAAUACAAACAUAUAUCAAUGGUCAACUUUCUGUAAUAGAGCAGAUUAUAAUGAUUCGGCACAACAUUUAAACAUAAUUUUAUCUUUAGAGGAGGUUGUUUACAACAGAUCUUUGAGCAUAUAAUAUUACUAAAGCCAUGAGGCGACCCUGUUAGUGAGGAACGUGGAGUAUUACUGCAUUAACGCACUUUGUGAAAAAGGGUGGGGCAAAAGGGUGGGGAAAAAAGAAGGGUUUAGCCAAUAUUUUCAAAUCAUAAAAAGUAAAUUUAAUGUAAAACAAUGUAGGCUACAGAGUAUUUUUAUAAUUAUAUAUAUUUUCCUGUCAUGUCAGCAAUAUUUUACUUGUGUGAUGAUUUAUGUUUCACGCAGUCAGAAGAAAGCUUUCAUAGACGACUUGAGGACAUGCGGUGCAGACAUCUUUGACGACAAGAGCAUCGACCCAGAGGACAUUGUGCUCGUGACCACAACUUCCGGCAGUACGGGCUACUCCAAACUGGUGCCACGGUCCCACCAGGAAAUCGCAACAGCCAUGGACAUGUAUAAAAGCAUAAGACAGUGGACUCACCCACGCGAUAAUAAAUGUAUACUUUAUAGUGAGAGGCUUCUGGGUAAUUUAAUUUCAGAUAUUUGGUUGUUUCCUUCCUAGAAUUUAAUGCUAAGCUUUUUAACCUUCGUGAUUCAUUGAUUUAUUUUCAUUCCCGGUCUGCUGGUUUUAUAUAAGAGAAAAUGCUGGUUUUAUAGAAAAGAAAUUUAAUGACAUGAGAAUGUUUCGGGAGAUUUGAAUAGCAAUGUGUAAGCAUGCCUUUAAAAUAUCCAACUAUUUCAUUUGAAAAAUAAAGUCUGCACCAUCAUUAAGGGCAACUGAAGCAGUAGGCAAAUUCGAGCAUUGAAAUUGUUUUAAAGGUACUUCAACUUGCAAAAAGAAGGGAACUGAAUGGGGAUCUUUUCUAUUUGGAUUUUCUUAAACUUACCGUGAUCAGUUUGGCUUUGAAAAAACCGAUUUGAAAUGUUGUUGUUUUUUCUCUCUCAGGAUGGGCUGUUGGGAUGACGGCGAAGACAUUCUGCUUUGGAGAGACGCGCGUUCUCAGCGACAAAAUGUCGUCGCCGGGUCCGCUGAGCGGAGCUGCCAUCUGGCGGCUGGUCAUCGCUGAAGGGUGUAACACCUACUCCAUGCCGUCGCAGGAGUGUGAGCGGAUCUACGACCACGUGAUGAGAACCGGAGGGCCGCAGUAUAGACUGGACGUGGUGGAGGUCGCUGGUCAGCCGAUCACGGAGGUAAAUCAGCAGAUACUACCUGGUCUUUAG